CUGUAGCCGGAUUAUUAUCACUAAAUGAUGAUUCUAAUCGUGCUGAUGUUGAUAAAUUAUUUCAAUAUGCUGCCGGUUUUGGUUGUUAUGAAAUGGUGGAAUAUUUGUUAAAAAAUCCACGUAUUGAUGUUAAUAAAUGUGGUGCAAAAGAAAUGACACCGUUGAUGGAAGCAGCAAGUAAUGGUCAUUUAGAUGUUGUCUGUCUUUUGUUGGAUCAUGGUGCCGAUUUAAACCACAAGUCUUCCCAGGGCAGUACAGCAUUGAUUUGUGCUGCUGAAAAUGGUCAUUUAGUUGUUGUUGAACAUCUGGUUGAAAAAGGUGCCGAAAUUGAAACUCAAAAUGAAAGUGGUCAUACGGCAUUAAUGGAAGCUGCAAGUGCCGGUCAUACCGAUGUCGUACGAUAUCUAGUAUCACAAGGUGCCAGCAUUAAUGUUCAUUCAAAUGAAUAUAAAGAAACGGCACUUACCUUGGCCGCAUACAAAGGUCAUACAGAAAUGGUGAAAUAUUUGAUUGAAAUUGGCUCAACAGAUAUGGCACAUCGUAAUGAAGAGAUGCAUACCGCAUUGAUGGAAGCAUCAAUGGAUGGUCAUGUUGAAGUUGCAAGAUUAUUACUUGAUUCCGGUGCUCAGGUCAAUAUGCCACCGGAUAGUUUUGAAUCACCGUUAACAUUAGCCGCUUGUGGUGGUCAUGUUGAGCUAGCGUUAUUGUUACUGGAACGUGGUGCCAAUAUUGAAGAAGUCAACGAUGAAGGCUAUACAGCAUUGAUGGAAGCAUCACGUGAAGGUCAUGAAGAGAUGGUUGCAUUAUUGAUAUCACAUGGUGCUAAAAUCGAUGCCACUACUGAAGAUUCAAAAGAAACUGCUCUAUUGAUGGCUUGUGGUGCUGGAUCAACCGAAGUUGUUAAUCUAUUGAUUAAAGCUGGCGCUGAUUUAGAGAUUGGUGCCAAUACACCAUUGAUUGAAUCGGCACAAGAAGGACAUUAUGAGAUUGUCAAAAUACUUAUAGAUGCUGGUGCUGAAAUCAACACGUUUAAUAGUUCGGGUGAAACGCCAUUAGCAUUAGCAGCGGAAAAUGGUUAUUUUGAUAUCGUAAAAUUAUUGAUUGAAUCUGGUGCCGAUGUUGAUAUUGCUGCUAAUGGUGGCCGUACACCAUUGAUGAAGGCGGCGCAGAAUAAUCGUAUAGAAAUCGUAACGUAUUUAAUAGCAGCGAAAGCACCGAUAAAUCGUUGUACAAUGACAAACGAUGCAACACCAUUAUCAUUGGCAUGUUCAAAUGGCCAUGCAGAAGUGGCAGAAAUUCUUCUACAAUCCGGUGCCGAUCUUUAUCAUCGUCUUAAAGAUAAUUCAACAAUGUUAAUGGAAGCGGCUAAACAAGGACACGUGAAUGUUGUGGAAUUAUUAUUACAAUAUAGUCAUCAUUAUCGUUUGAAUAAUUCAUGUCAAUAUCCUGUUAAUAAUCAAAAUGGUAGUGGACCACAACAACAACAACAACAACAUCAGAAUCAGGGAUCAACAACAGUGACUAAAUCGAAAAAGAAUUCAAACAAUUCAUCGGCAAGAAUAUUACCACCUUGUGCAAAGAUGCAGAAAAAAAUGACACAAUUACAGCAGCAGCAACAAUCAUCAAAUAAAUCGACAGCAACAAAUGUCUAUCAAAAAUCUGCUUCAACAAAUAAUAAACGAAUCACAAUGACUAGAAUUAAUGAAUCAAUUUCAAAUAAAGUGAUCUAUCCACCACCACCACCACCACCAACAACAACUUCGCAAUCAUCAACAACGAUUGAAUUGGCUUCAAAAAAGAUUCGAAUACCUGAAUCAUUGCCACCACCACCACCACCAUCAUCAUUACCACAAUUAUCUUCCGGUGCAACAAGUGGUAAUAAUAGUAGUAGUGGUGAUAGUAGUAAUGAUAAGAAAAUUCCAUUGGCAACAAAAUCAACACGUAGCCUUUCUGAUCCAAGUCAUUCAAUUGUGAAUCCAGUGGUUACAACAGCAACAACUAAUCAAUUUGUUAAUAUUGAUCAACAACAAUCAGAUCAUUAUUCACAUAAUAAUCGUUUAUUAUUGUAUGAUGAAAUGGUUGGUUCAAUGUUUUACAGUGUAUUUCAUUCAUUAUUGAAACCAUCAAUGUUGAUAACAACGGAUAAUGUAACAGAAUUAAUGAAACAACAAAAAAAAUUAUAUCCAGAUGAUGAUCGUUUAUUCAAUGAAGUGAUUGCCAAUGUAAACGAUUUGAUUGAUAAUAAGGAUGAAAUUGAUUUCUGGCGUGGAUGGAUUGAAAUUCGUCUUAAAUUUUUGAAUAUUUUUCGACGAUGUAUGGCAAUGUAUAAAAAGAUUAAUAUUUAUGAACAACAGCAACAACAAUCAUUAUCAAAUCAACAACAACAACAACAUGAUGGUGGUGAUGCUACAAAUGUUGUUGAUGACGAUGAUGAUGAUCAGAUUCAGCCACCAAUCAUUGUACCUGGAUUUGUUUUGCAAACAUUUCUACGACAUAAACGUAUAAUUGAAUCAUUUUUUGGAAUUGUCAAUCCAAAAUUAUUGGAUAAGCUACAAGAAUUGUUACAAGCAAAAUGGGAUGGUUAUGUACCAACAGAACAUGUAGCCGCCAAUUCCGUAGAAAAUGAAACAUUUGGCUUACCAAUAACAUCUACAUCGGCAACUUGUAUGGUGACCAAUUUGAAUGACGAUGAUGGUAAUGAUGAAAGUGGCGAAAAUGAUGAGAAUAAUGGACAAUCAACAAAAGAAAAUCGAUCAGCUUCAUUAACUGAACAGGAUUGUUUGUAUUUUGGUACUGGUGAUCAUUCAUCAUCAAUAAUAUCAACAAACAUUGAACAACAUAUGCAGCAACAACAAAUGAAAACAUCAUUACAAGAUAUAUCUACGAACAGCAAUGUUGAUCAUUUUCAUCCACCUGAAGAAUUGGAAAAAAUUUAUCCAGAACAGAUAAUUUUCGCUAUACAUGAUGAUGAUAUUAAACCAGUUGGCUAUUUGGAUAAUUCAUUGUUUCAAGUUUUUUGCAAAUUAUCAAGAACAUUUUUAUCACCAAAUAAACCGGAAUCAAUGAUACAAUUGAUGCAAUUGGUUGAAACAAAAUCAACAUUAAAACAAGUAAUGCAACCAUUGUUUGAUUUAAUCUAUCGUCGUAUACAGAGUGUACGUUCACGUUCAAUUGAUGAAUUAUUUGAAUCAUUGAAAGAUGAAAUUGAAUUACAUUUCUGGUAUUUUGCAUCACGUUCAUUGUCUACGGCUGAUAUGAAACAAUUUAAUGAAAUGAUGGCACUUGUUUCAAAUACAACGGCUAAUAAUAACGAUAACAACAAUAGUAAUGAUGAUGAUGAUGUUAUUUCGACAGUUGAAACAGUGAAAAAUGAUGCUAUUUCUACUGAUGAUGAUGAUGGUGAUCGACGAUCAAAAAUAUGGCAAUGUUUAUUAUCACCGGAACAGGUGGAAAUGGAAUUAAAAAAUCAAUUACUUGCUUCAUUAUCAUUUGCAAAAUUUACUACAGAUAAAUAUGCAAAAGAUUUAUUACGUGAAAAUCUACGAUAUCCAAGAAUUGCAUUGUUACAACAACCACAAAUGAUGAUGGCCAAUACCACAAUGGAUGGUUCAUAUGAAAUUAAUCUGGUUUUCUACAUUUCAAGUGAUGGUAUCAUAAUGCCUACAUAUGGAACAUCAUCAUUAAUGAAUAAUAAUCAAUUUGAUCGUCAAGAACAACAAAGAUCUAGAUCGCCAUCACCAACAUCAAUCAAUGAGUCUAUGGUGGAUAAUAUAAAAAAUUCAAUUACCUCUAAUGAUAAUGUUCCUAAUGCUUCUGGGGCUACAACUACUGCUGCUGCUGCUGCUGCUGCCGUGAUUCCAUCAACAAAUUUUAUUAUGGAACCAACUGUUGCAUGUUCAGAUGCUGUUACUAGUAAUAAUAAUAACAAUGUUGAUGAUCCAUCAUCAAUGAUGCCACCAUCAUGGUCAGCAAAUACAUUAUUACCAAAUGCUUUAAUUGAAUUUAUUAACGCUAUACCACAAUCAUCGAUUAGUGAUCAGAAUAAGAUUCAAUUAUUACGUGAACGUCUUCGUGAGUUAGGAAAUUGUAGUACGGAAUUAUUUCAACGACAACAACGUCUACAACAGCAUCAGCAACAUCAACAACAUAAUCAACAUGAUCAUGAAAUGGAUUUGGACCAAACAAUGGGAAAAACAAAUAAUGAUGAUAGAUUAACUUCGGAUGUCCCAAAAUUAUUCCGAGAAAUGAUUGCUGCCCAAUUACAACAACAACAACAACAACAACAUGAACAUGAUACAAAUCAAACCAUUCAAAUAUUGCCACAUUUUUCAAUGACCAAUACAACAACAACGACUACCACCGUGAAUCCUGAUCUAAAUCAUUGUCAAUUAUCAACAACGGCUACAACAAUUUCACCAUCAACUUCGUCAUUAUUUCAUUUUGCUGCUACUGCAAAUCAACAAACGUCAACAAUGAUGAAUACAACGAUGACAUCAUCUUCGUCAUCAUUGAUGAAUGAUGCAUUAUUAUCAACCAUUUCUAAUGAUAAUAAUAAUAAUAAUGAUGAAUGUCAAACAAUCGAAACUACAACAUCGAUACAACCACAAUCGCCAGAAUUGAAUUAUGAAAUGAAUUAUAAAACCUAUCUAAAUGUGCUUGAUCAAUCGACAAAUUCUGCAUUUGUUCCUGUGGUCGCACAACAGCAUUCAACCAAUCAACAACAAAUGAUAACGGCUACAACGGUUAUAAUACCAACAAAUACAACAUCAACAGCAACUAUUGCACGUACUGGUUUAUUUAUGAAUAAUAAUAAUAAUGCUGAUUCAGUAAUGAUGAUGGAACAUCAAAAUCAACAACAGGUACAAAAACAACCUUCACCUUUUCUAUUUAAAUCACCUCAUUCAAAAUCUUUAACAACAAUGACAACGACAAUACCACGAACUGCAAAAAUUCAUAAACAAGAUCUUUAUUCAUCAAUGAUGAAUGAUGAGGAAAUGAUUACAAAAUAUUAUGAAACACAAGCAAAACAAUAUCAACAACAAUUAGCGGCUACAACAACACCACCACCACCACCACCACCGUCGUCAUCAUCAAAAACAACGACCCAAUCAGCAUCAUCGUCAUUAACGAUUAAAAAGAUUGCUCCGAAUUGUCAACAACAACAACAACAGUCUCAACAACAAUUGCUACAGGCACAACAACAACAACAACAACAGCCACAACAAACAUUGAAUCAAUCAACAAAAUUUAAAUCACCAUAUUCUGAUCUAAAUUCACAUAAUGAUUCCAAUCAUGAUACAGCAUUGACAUUAGCAUGUGCAGCUGGUCAUGAAGAAACUGUGAAAUUAUUAUUAAUGCAAGGUGCUGAUAUUGAACAUCGUGAAAAGAAAGGCUAUACGCCAUUAAUGUUGGCAGCAACAAAUGGUCAUUCGAAAAUUGUUGAUAUUUUAAUUGCACAUAAUGCCGAUAUUGAAGCACAUACUGAUCGUACAAAAGAUACGGCAUUAUCAUUGGCUUGUUCAGGCGGCCGUUAUGAAGUGGUGGAAAAAUUAUUGGCACGUGGUGCCAAUAAAGAACACAGGAAUGUAUCGGAUUAUACACCGCUUAGUUUAGCUGCAUCUGGUGGUUAUGUAUCCAUCAUUAAUUUGUUGUUAAGUUAUGGAGCAGAAAUAAAUUCACGUACCGGUUCCAAAUUGGGUAUAUCACCAUUAAUGUUGGCUGCAAUGAAUGGUCAUACGGAAACGGCAAAAAUCCUAUUAGAUCGUGGUAGCGAUAUCAAUGCCUAUAUUGAAACGAAUAAAAAUACUGCAUUAACAUUGGCAUGUUUUCAAGGUAGAACCGAAGUUGUUGCCUUACUAUUAGAACGUAAUGCUAAUAUUGAACAUCGUGCAAAAACUGGCCUAACACCAUUGAUGGAAGCAGCAUCCGGUGGUUAUGUUGACGUUGGAAAAGUUUUACUAAAUAAAGGUGCCGAAGUUAAUGCAUCACCUGUACCGGCAUCACGUGAUACAGCAUUAACAAUUGCUGCUGAUAAAGGACAUACAUCAUUUGUUGAGCUAUUAAUAAAACGUGGUGCAAAUGUUGAUGCAAAAAAUAAAAAAGGUUAUUCACCAUUAUGGUUAUCAUGUAAUGGUGGCCAUUAUGAUGUUGUACAAUUAUUGAUCAAUGCAAAAUGUGAUGUCGAUGCACAGGAUAAUCGUAAGAUUUCCUGUUUGAUGGCAGCAUUUCGUAAGGGUCAUAUAAAAAUUGUUAAAUUAAUGGUUCGACACGUGAUACAAUUUCCAUCGGAUCAAGAGAUCAAUCGUUUUCUGUCCAUUUGUCAGGAUGAAGAAUUGCAGAAAAAAGUUUGCAUCUGUGCCGGUAUCAUACGUUUUGCGAAAGAUCGACAAGCAGCUGAAGCAUUUAAGAAUGCUGCAAAUUUAUUGGAAGAAAUUGAUCAAGAACGUUCACGUGAAGAGAAUCGAAAAGCAGCAGCAGCUAGACGUCGUGAACAAAAACAGAAGAAAAAAGAAAGAGCCGGUAAGAAUCAUUUGGAAUCGAAUAAUAAUAAUAAUCAAAUGGAUGAUAAAAAUAGUGAAUUUAUGAAAAAAAUGAAAAAGAAGAAACAAAAAUCUCGACAAAUUGAUGAACAACAUGAUCGACAGGUAGAGAAUUUAAUUAAUCAACAGCAGCAGCAACAACAAGAACAGGCUAAAGUUGAUGUGGCAGAUGCUAUAAUUAAAAUUCAUCAACAACAACAACAGCAGCAGCAGCAGAAGAAUAAUAAUAAAACAGAAACAAUGGUACAUAAUAAAAAGAUGAUAAAUGGUGUUAGUAAUAAAACAAAUCGAACAUCACCGACAACAAAAAUUCAGAUUAUAAAAAAUCAUCAAAAUCGAAAACAAAUUUUAAUUAAUAAUAAUAAUGAUGAAUCAUCAACGAAUUCAUCAUCAUUGCGAAAAAAUAAUCAGGAAAUUUCCCAUAACAACGACAACAGUCUUUUUACCGGAUCGAAUAAUAAUCAUCAAUCACAUUAUCACAAUAGUAAUAACCACGGUGACAAUACUUUGGGCAAAAUUGAUCAAAUAACAUCGAUAACUGCUGUAUCAUUGAUGACUAAUUCUAAUUAUCAACAACAACAGCAUAAAAAUCAUAAUCAAAAUCAACCAUCACAACAACAACAACAAGCGAAUAACGUUGGAAAUUCUCGUAACAACAAUAGUAGUAGCAGUAGUGGUAGUAAUAAAACAUUUACUAGUAAACACCAUCAACAACAACAACGUUUCGAAUCAACAAAUUCGAAUUCGAAUAUAUCGUCGGCAUCAUUAUUGUCGAAUAAUAAUAAUAAUAAGUCUACGGCUAGCGUAACGACAGCAACAACAAUAACGAACGAAAUGAAACGUGAAGACGGUUGGAAAGAAGUUGUUGAGAGAAGAAAAUCUAAAAAAGUAUUGGUUCCUGCCAAUGCAAUUAGCCGUGUAAUUGGACGUGCUGGAUGCAAUAUCAAUACUAUUCGUGAAAUUUCCGGUGCACAUAUCGAAGUGGAAAAACAAAAAGGUCAAGGAGAUCGUAUGGUUAUUAUUCGUGGAUCGGCCGAUGUUACACGAAUUGCUUCACAAUUGAUUACGGUAUUAUCGAAAGAAGCCGAUAAAGAUUUAUCCGAAAUUAUUCGAGAAUUAGGCCUAUCAAAGCCAACAAAUGAUACAACGACGACUGCUGUUGCAACUGUUCCCGCGGUGUCCAAUUCUAAUCACCAUCAGACAGAAUCGUCUACAACAACAUUAUCCUCACCUGUUUCUGGGACAUCAGAAAUUUCGCAAACUUCAAAUACCAGUAAUCAAACACAACAACGUCAAGCAUCGAAAUCGGUUGGUCGAACACCCACAACAUCUGUAACCAAUUUUCAUACGAAUAAUGGCAAAACAUUAGUCUCAUCGGGAAAAAAUCAAUCCGAUUCGAAUAAACAAUCAUCUGGAACAUCGAAUACUGUUUCCUAUACAAUGGCUGUAAAUUCUAAAAUACGAUCAAUAAAUUCAUCAUCAUCAUCUUCUUCGGUUUCGACAUUGUCGACAACAACGACACCAGUUUCGAAUAUCAAAUCAAAUAGCGGAAAUAGUAGUAGCACUACUACCACAAUCAAUAAUGGUGUGAAAAUUAUGAGUGCCGUUUAUAAGCCAUCGAAUAAAUCUCAAAUGUUUCGAAACACAAAUAAUAUUGUUUACAACAACAAUAGUAUAGCUACGAAAAUGGAAACUUCGCAUUCAAUGAAUGAAACAAAAUCAUCAUCCAGUGUACAAUGUCUAUCGUCGACAAUAACAACGACAACGACGACAUCAUCCAAGAUGAAUGAAAAAUUGAAUUUUGCUUCUGUUGCUGCUGGCAGUAUUGCUGUUAGUUCUAACAUUGGUGAUUCAUAUCAUCAUCAUCAUCAUCAUAAUAUCGCAUUAUCACCAUCUUCGAUUAAUUCAGCUACAUCACCAUCAUCUUCAAUGGCUUCUUCCACAUCAAUAUCGAAACCACAACAACAACAACAACAUCAACAUUCAGAUUCAAUGAUUAUUGAUGAUAAACAAUCUAAUCUAACUUCUGUAUUCAAAACCAGUAAUGUUUCAAAUAGUAGUAGUAAUAAUCGACAAUUUGUAUCAUCAAAUUCUUCAUCAUCGGCAUCAUCAUCAGCUGUUGAUGUUGCUGCAGCAUUUUCACCAUCAUCAGCUGUAACCACAGGCUCAUUAUCGAUACAAACUUGUGUGGAUAAUAAUAGUAAUAAUAAUAAUAACAACAAUAAUCAAUCUGUUCCACCACAUCAUUCACAAUAUCAUCAACAGCAGCAGCCACAGCAUUCGAAUCCAACACCAAUUGGACAUGUGAGAUCGGCACCAUGUACUCCUCCUAUUGCGAAUUAUAUUUCAUUUGGUUCCAAAUUUAUAUCGGCCAAUUCAAAUAAUCUACAAUCACAACAAUUACAGCAGACAUUAUCAGAUGUUCUUUAUAGUAAUGAUUCACAGCAACAACAACAACUGUUGCAAUCAAAUGUAACUGGAAACAAUAAUAACAAAUUGAAUAAUGUUGAUCCAUUCUUAUUGAAUUCUGCUGCUGUUUCAUCCACAACAUCGGAAUAUGCUAAUUUGUUUCAACAACAACAACAACAACAACAGCACAAUAGCAAUGGUGCUAAUAACCAGAAUAAUCAAAUACAUCCAAAUUUUCUUUUAUCCAAUAUGAUGAUCAAUUCAAAUGCUGAAUCGACCUUAUCGAAUCAUUCACAUCAUCAUGGAAUAAUGGGACAUCAACCAGUAUCAAUGAGUUCACCAAUCAAUCGUGCAUCUGUAAAUGCUGCUAGCUUCCUUGAUCAUAGGCCAAUCACGCCCAAUAUCUAUGAACAUCAUUCUUCCAAACCAACAACAUCAUCAUCGUCAUCCAGUAGAUCAUCGCAAUUGAAUCCAAAUGCACCGGAUUUUGCUUCCCGUUCAAAUUCAUUUUCAACGAAUACAUUGUCACAGCCAAAUUCAAUGCUCUCGUUGAAUCUAAAUCAAAUGAAUCCAUCAUUAAGUCAAUCUGCUCACACUGUAUCAAAUUUUGGGGCCAAUAUGGCUGCACCUAAUCAUUUGCAAACUGGUGUCGGAAGACCUAAUUUCCUUGCUGCUGCCGCUGCGGCAGCUGCUGCUGCUGGUACAAAUGUAGCUCCCAAUAUUUCGAACGAUGUACGUCAAAUGAUUGUCAAUUAUUCAAUGAAUAUUUUCCAAAAUCAAAUACCGAAACGUCAUCAAGAAGCAGCAGCACGUCUUGCACAUUCAUUUGCACAGAGUGAAGUACUAUUGAAUAAUACUGUUGGACCACAUAUUCCCACACAUCAACCACAACCACCACCAUUACAACCACAAUUUGGUCCACCAGUUGCAGAUAAUAGAUUGAAUAUGAUUCAACAAUACAUGUUACAACAACAACAGCAACAACAAGGCCAAAUCCGUGCAGCUACAAUGCUUGGAGUAACAAAUAAUAUCGAUUCUUAUUCAUCUGGAUUGCCACAACAACAGACAGCAUCCACAUUACCAUUGAUGCAACAUUAUCGAAUGCAGCAGCAGCAUCCAUUGAUCAAUAAUAAUAGUAAUAAUCAUGGUAAUUUCUCACUAUCGAAUUAUGAUCUGUAUGGAACUUCAGCAACAUCAUCAUCGACGACUUCAUCUUCUAAUCAUCAACAACAACAACAAAAUGAUGUUGUAAAUAAUUUGUCUACAGUUUCAGCUACUACAAUAGAUAAUACUGGAGAUAAUGGUAACAAUCCACAACAACAGAAGUUGAAACCACCGGCACCGAUCGGAACUGAACGUGCACAACGAAAAAAUCCAAAUCAACAACAUUCUACUGCUUCAUCGGUGACAACCAACGCAUUGUUUGGUGAACAUCAUCCAACGAUUGGCACUGCUUCGGGAUGGUUAGAAAAUUGUGAUGAUCUUGCAGUCGAUUCUUCUGGCUCAUCUGUGGCCCCUGGUAGUGGUGCACAUCUGCCAUCUCCAUUUGGCACCACGGAUUUUUCUGACAUUUUUCCAGCACAACCAACAGCGAAUGAUUUUGGAUUGUUGAAUACUUUUGGCACAUCUGCAACAAGUGGUGGUAGAAAUAAUCCUACAACGGUUAAUCCGUCUGGAGCCACACGUAUUGGCGAUGAUUCAUCAUUUGAUCCAUACAAUCCUGUCGCUAAUGAUUUCAAAAUGUUAAACAUACUGAACAAUACUGGCGGUAGUAAUGAUGCAGAAUAUUGGUCAACAAAUACUAAUAAUAAUUCUGCUAAUAAAUCACCGAUCAAUAAUGUCGGUACAUUGGAUACUUCGAAAAUGCAAUGGAAUAAUUGGAAUAAUCACAACUAAAAAAAGGAACAAAGUAAAAUAUUUUCUUUCAAAUGGAAUUUAUUUCAUUCUCCGUAAUUAUAUCAACCAACAACACUGAAUUUCUCUUUAUUCAUCUUUGCCUCCUUUAUCAUCAUUAUUAUCACUAUUUUUGGUCCAAAUAAACUGAACUAAAAUUGAUAAAACAACAGCAGCAGCCGCAUUAAUAUCAAUCAUCAUCAUAAAUUUUAGCACCCCUAAAUGUGUGUGUUUGUGUGAUACAAAAUGUUUUUUCUUCAUUAAUUAAAUCACACUUUUAAAUACACUCUUAAAGCAUUAAUACCGUUUGAUUCUUCUUUUCUCACCACCAUCAUUUUAUAUUUGUCUAUUGAUUCGUACAAAAUUUUUUCACUCAAAACAAAAUGGAACUUUAAAACUUAGUGAUACACACUCAUAUUAUACACAUACACACACACAAAUGAAUGGGCGCGAUAUAAACCGAUUAUUACUCUUUCCCCUUUCACUCUACUAUAUUGAUAUUAACAUCUUUUAUUUGUCAUUA